UUUCUUCACAUUGAAUUGUAGGUUGUUUUGUGGUGUGAGAUGCCCCUUUGCGCUUCAAAACCCCAAUUUCACAGCGAUAAAUUUCUGUCUUACAUUUCAGUUUCCGAGCAUCCGAAGCUCAUUUUGAAGGGGACUGCGAUGUAACAGAAGAGUUUACAGGGAAAUUUCGCCCUCCAGCCUGAAAUUUAAGAGAAAAAUUGACAGAAAAAGAUGGAGCAGGAGAGCAUUCGCUGUAAGAAGCAGCCGACGGCCCGGCGCACCGACACGCCGUUGCACACAGCGGCAAGAGCCGGUAAUUUGGCUGAAGUGAAGCGAAUUCUGUCACUUGACGGAGGCGGCGGAGGCUCUGAUGUUGAAAAUGUUGACGUCUGGAGACGGAAUUUGAUUGCAGCACAGAAUGAGUUUGGAGAGACGGCAUUAUAUGUGGCGGCCGAGAGCGGUCACAUGGAUAUCCUGGCGGAGCUGCUAAAUUAUACCGAUGAGGAGGUCGCGGAAGUCAAAACCCGGCUUGGCUGCCAUGCCCUGCAUACGGCUGCAAAACACGGCUACUUAGAUGCCGUUAGGGCGCUACUUGCAUUGUGGCCGGGUCUGGCCACAACCGCUGACUGUACCAACUGCACACCUCUCUACUCGGCGGCGACGCAAGGGCAUGUGGAGGUGGUGGCAGAGCUUUUGGCUGUGAAUGAACGGUUACUGAAGGUUGCCAAGAGCAACGGGAAAACCGCUCUGCAUUCAGUGGUCAGAAGGGGACACUUGGAGGUGUUGAGGGUGCUGCUCGCUAAGGACAGGGAAAUAUGCGGGCGUAGGGACAAUAAACAGCAGACGGCGUUACAUAUGGCUGUGAAAGGGUCGAAUGUGGAAGUUGUAAGGGAGUUGCUGAGAAUUGGUCCUGAGGUCCUCAAUUUGCAGGAUAGAAAAGGCAAUACCGCAUUACAUGUGGCCACCAGGAAAGGUCGUUUGGGGAUAGUAAGAGAGCUACUAACAUACAAGGACAUCAAUCUCAAUGCCUUGAACAAGUCAAAAGAAACAGCACUUGAUGAAGCAGAAAAAUCACAUUUGGAAGCUGCAUCAGAAAUUAAAGAUGCACUGAAAGUUGCUGGAGCAAAGAGUGGCAAACAUAUAGCCCAACCUACGGGAGGAAAAGAACUAAAGCAAACUGUUAGUGACAUAAAGCAUGAUGUCGAAUCACAACUCUUUCAGACUGAACAGACACAGAGACGAGUUACUGGAAUCGCAAAGGAUUUACAUAAAUUGCACAGGGAGGGAAUAAGCAAUACUGUCAACUCUGUGACUGUUGUUGCAGUUCUCAUUGCCACAAUUGCUUUUUCUGCUAUUUACACCAUACCCGGUGGUUAUGUCCAGAGUCUAGACCUAGAACCAAGUGCAUCAGAGCAAACAGGACAAGUUAAUGUAGUUAAGAAGUUAGCAUUCCAAGUAUUUUUUGUAUUUGACUCGGUGGGGUUGUUCAUCUCUCUGGCAGUGGUGGUGGUUCAGAUAUCACUAGUUGCAUCCGAAAGCAAGGCUCAAAGGAAAGUGAUCUUUAUAAUAAACAAGUGCAUGUGGAUGGCUUGUGUGUGCACUUCAGUGGCUUUUGUUGCACUUUCUUUUAUUGUUGUAGGUCGCCAUGAUCUGUGGAUUGCAAUUAUUAUAACUAUAAUUGGUGGGUCAAUUAUUCUUGUGACCUUAGCUACAUUGUGCUAUUUUGUGGUUAAACAUCGAAUUAGAAGAACGAGAAGUCGUUCUCUAAGGAAAACCAGAAGAUCAUCUCGGAGCAUGUCUCGCUCAUUUUCAGUGGCAUCAGAGUAUUCAGAUUCUGAUAUCUGUGCACACGAUGAGAAGAUAUAUGCAAUCUAAUUCCUUUUAACUUCUUAAGCUUUUCCAGUUUGUUUGGAGUUCUCAGUAGUCCUAGUUAGCUUCAAGGUGGCUUGUAAAUAAUGUUUUGCACCUUGUAUAGUUUCAUUGUAUUUAAAAAAAGAAGUUUUGCACCA